AUGCUUGACUACGACGCAAGCUACCAACAAUACAUUGCCCUAAGCACCCAUCAAGAACUGGCUUCUUCCACCACUACCGAGCACAUGCAGGCUGCGCCGUAUGCCAACGCCAACCUGGAGCAUGAGGGUCAUGAGCAGCCCCAUGCCGUCAUGGCGUUCCAGGGUUUUCAAUAUCCUCAUGGUGCACAACAACCCGUCCCCAAUACGGCAGCAACGGCAGCGUUAGCUGCAACCGAUCAGUUUGACACCCAGUCUCCCGGUCAGGUGACCUCAUACUUUCCCCCACCGGGUGGAGAACCAUACUCGUUGCAAAAGGGGGUUGGACUGGUUUCCUCCUCUAUAUAUCCACCAACACCAAUGUCUCAACCUUCACUUCAAUCUGUUCCGUUGGCAACCACCCAAUAUUAUUUCCCCCCUUCAUAUUCGCAUUCAAUUCCUCAUCAUACCGACCAAUCGCUCUCAUUGCCCACGUCGUUACCUUCACAGGUUCAGCUCACCAACUCACAAUUUGGACCAGGAGACCCACCGCCACCACCACCUCAAGCACAAGCACAAGCACCACCACUACCACCGUCUAUGCAGCUGUCGUUCCAUCAACCCCAGCAUCAAUCAUAUCUUCUGCUGAAUAUGACUCCAUACCAUGAACAAACCCCUCCUUCGAUGAAUGGGUUUUAUGGAGGAGGAGGAGGAGGAGCUACUGGACCAACGUCUGGCCAUCCCAUGGGAGCUACACCAGCCAUUCCCGCAGCUCCAGGAUACAUCACAUCAUAUGAUGGAGGAUUUGGUCAUGUAAUGUCACAAAUGGAUGUUUCCCCCUUGACUGCAGCUGCUACACCACCUCUUGAACAUUAUAAUCAAGUGGAUGAAUGUAAAGAUGAUGGACGCAAAAAACGGGCCAAAUCAACCUCAUCAAUGAGAAAUAAAUUGAAUUUGAUGGAGAAACCAUUGUAUGAACGAUUACAAGAAAAUCCUACGAUUUGGAAAACUGCUCAUGAAUCGAAAAAGGGAAAUUAUAAAUGUUCACAUUGUUCUCAAGCUUUUGCCACUUUACUUGAGUUUGCCACUCAUUUGGAUCAAUUUAAAGUACGUAGGGUCCAUUUGUGUCCUGUAGAUGAUUGUCCAUGGAGUAUUAUAGGGUUACAAAGAAAGGCUGAGUUGAGAAGACAUUGUAUUUCACAACAUUUUCUGCGUGGACGAGUGAUUCAUCAUGAAGGAGAUCAACAAUUUAUUGAUUCUGAAACUGAAUUACAAAUGGUGAAUUUACUUUAUUCUUGUAAUGAAGAGAAUUGUAAAAAGCAUUUCUAUAGGAAGGAUUCUUUACAGAGACAUCAAAAGUUGGUUCAUUCUAAUAAGGAUAGUAAGUUUAAUAAGCGGUGGCAUCGAUGA